AUGCUUGAUGAAGAUGUCUCGCCUGAGUCUGAGGAAGACAAGUCUCACACUUACCCUCUUGCACUACCACCUCUCUCCCCCACUCCUCUGAAUCAUUCAGACUGCUGCCUUGGCCUCUCCACGACUCUAGUGCAAUGUAUCCUCGAUAUCUUGCACCCAAAGAUACCCUCUCUUCAGAUACCAGCAUUGCCCGUCCUCUCCAUCGGUUCCGGCACAGGCCUUUUCGAAGCCCUACUCACAACCCUAUCGCCCAGAGGAACCAUUGAAGUCCACGGCGUCGAAGUCUCCUCUUCAUCUUCAGCCAACAAAUACCUAUCCUUGCACUUGCGACACACCGUCCCCACGACAUUCACGCUCUACGACGAUGCGACACACUUUCCAGUAUGGAUCUUCGUCUACCCACGCGACCCACGUCUAGUCCGAGUGUACCUCGAACUCGCUGCCGCAAGUGGACGACAGGUUACACUUAUCUUUCUGGGACCCAAGGCUGAUUUCCUCCCAGCUUCAAACUCUGAAGGCGAGGACGGAGACGGAGAAGCCCAACAAGACACGUUUGCAGAUGUUCUCGGCUCAUUCUCGGAUCAUAUGGAGCGGUGUCACGACUUCAUUGAGCAUGACGAGACUACUGGUCCGGUGUGCAACUCUGGUGAUGGUGCCGCCUUCAGCAAGCCGUUCAGAGCAUCCAUUUUCUCGUCUGCCGACGCGGGACUGCCGUCUUAUGAAGUCUUGUGCGUUCUUCGGGUGUGA